AUGUGUAGAUGAAAGAUGCCCAUUUUAUGGAUUCUUGGAGGUAUUGCUUGUGUGACCAUGAUGAUUGUACUUUUGCGACCCGGUAUAUUAAUAUUCAUACUUAUUAUAAGUAUAUAAUUUUUGGUAUUUCACAGUGUUUAAGGCAGCACAUACGAUAUUAUUUACCUUACUCCAGUUGUUAUUGUCAUUGGCUUUGCCUCUAAAAUAAAACUGAUGUCGUUUGUGGAGUAUAUACAUUUUGCUCUGCUCUCUAUUUUUGUCAUACCAAGAAACUGUGCAUUCAUAUUUUUAUUGAAGAUAAACAAUCUACUGAAGGAUUGGAGGUCUUUCGAAAUAUAUUUCAAAAUCGGACAAAUUUUGCAUUUGACGUUUUUAUUAGGUAAGCAAUUAUGUUGUGGUAAUCAUAUAUCUAAUGUUAUUAGUGUUUUCAUGCUUUUGGCUUCUGUUUAUUUUGACCUAUUUAAAUGAAACGAAUGGUUCGGGCUAGUGCUAAUGGAAAUAUUAGGAGAACGCUUGGGCCAACAAUUAUGCCGGAAAACAGUUUAUAAAGUUACAAUUCCAUUCAUCGACAACGUGAUUAGCUGAAAAUUUAAUGCCAAACUUCUGAUGAAUGAAAAUCACCGGAAAGUUUACCGCUGGCAAGCCCUUCUAAUAAGACACAUUGUCUAGCCGAAGGAUAUGGCCAAA